AAAUGGUUAAUCGGAAACACUUACUUGCAGAUACAUCUUGCUUGAACAAGGUGUUGGAUUGGCGCUUAUCAGUGACUGAAAAGUAUUUGAUAGAUCUGCAUGAAGAAGAUAAAGAAUGUAUUGAAGGAAUAGUAAAAUCUGCCUGCAUUGAAGUGAAUGCAGAAGGAGGAUUAUUCUGGCCCCCUGGAGCUUUGGAGAGAAACAGAUUUCAGGUCGCACGAGUACAGAUUCUCAAUGUUACUACCAUUGUUGGGAAAACAUGGGACAUUAAAUUUCAGCAUGUUACUAGAGUACACCAUACAGAUUCUUCUUGUGAAGUGUCAAAUGAAAUAGAUUUAAAACUCAAAAGUAUAAGCAAAUAUUUGAGGGAGCGGAGGCAAUGGGAGGAAGAGAACAUAAUGAACAUUCUGGAAGAUAGCUUGAAAUGGGUUUGGAUGGAAGGCUUGUCGUAAUGUAAUCUUGUGCACAAAGAUUAGCAUUAACAAAGGCAUUCUGGGGGAGGUCGAGACAAUCAAGACCUAAUAUGAUGAACUUCUUAAUUGAAGAGAAUCUGUAUCAAAAAACAAUAUCGUUCUUGAGUCCAUAUAUUUGGAUGAAAAGGAAUAUACUUCAACUAUUCAGACCAUAAUAAGCAGGGUUAGUCCACGGAGUCUUAUUAAUGAAAUAAGUAAGCAUCUGAGUUAGAAAUGAUUCUUGGUCAGUAUGAAUCACAGACAGUUGAUACUUAUAAAGUGACAUUGAAAAGAUUUUAUGCUGGAUUUCAAAUAUGCCGAUUAGACUAAUAACAAAUGUUUCUCUUUUACGCA